GUCGAAGAUGAAGAAGCCCGACGUGAAGCUUGUUCUCCUGGGAGACAUGAACGUGGGGAAGACGUCGCUGCUCCACAGGUACACGGAGAGGAAGUUCAAAGACACCAUCAGCACCGUCGGAGGGGCGUUUUUCCUCAAACAGUGGGGACCUUACAACAUCUCAAUAUGGGACACUGCUGGUCGUGAACAGUUCCACGGGUUGGGCUCCAUGUACUGUCGUGGAGCAGCCGCUGUCAUUCUGACUUACGACGUCACCAACUGGCAGAGCCUGUGUGAGCUGGAGGAGCGCUUCCUGUCCCUCACUGAUACCGCAAACCAUGACUGCAUUUAUGCUAUAGUGGGCAACAAGGUGGACCUCACAGACCCUAAAGCCCAGCUGUGCCAGGACUCAGAUGUGGCGUCUGAGGACCAAACUGAGUGUGAGGAGGAGAGGACAGAACCACAGGUGCCGUCUGCUUGCCCCACACCCCCCGCCUCCCCUGCAUCCCUCUCUUGGGUGACGGUGCAAAAACAGGUUACGCCCGAGGAUGCAGCAGCUCUUUAUGUGAGAAUACUGCGCUACAAAGGCCUGGAGGAGAAGAACAGCCUGCCUGCAGAGAAGAUGUGUUUCGAGACGAGCGCCAAGACGGGCUACAAUGUGGACAAUCUGUUUGAGGCACUGUUUGAUCUGGUGCUGCCUUCCAUCCUGAGGAAGAGAAAUGAGAACCAGGAGUCUCCAACGGUGGACCUGGAGGAGUGCAGGGGGGGCGGCAACAAGAAGGCCAAAUCUGGCUGCUGCUAGAGGCUGCUACCAGCAGAGACUUGUUUUUAACAAAGGACAAUCCAGAGAUUGGUCUGCGCACCAAAAACACACUGUGACGGUACUACUUACCUGCCUUGUCUUAGAACCAAUAGCAUUAAUGACCUCCCGGUAACACAAACACACACUUAUGAUUCUGUGAAGACUGUCAGAAGUAGCAGUCAGCGUUCAAAGGUCCAACCUUUGUGUGAUUUAGUGGCGUCUAUUGACAGAAAUGGUAUAUAAUAUUCAUUACUAUGUUUUCAUUCAUUUAAUAACCUGAAACUAUGAAUCAUUGUUUCCAUUACCUUAGAGUGAGCUGUUUAUAUCUACAUACGGAGCAGGUCCUUUUCCACGGAGUGCACCAUGUUGUUUCUACAGUAGCCUAGAGCUAAGAAACCAAGCUCUAGAUAAGAGCUAUUUGCAAUUAUGCAAUGGCUACCCUAGUUAUCUGACACACUUGUCGUGAAAUUUCACUGGGGACUGGACAUAUGGUAUAUGAUGGUCGGGAGAGUUCGCUUCAUUCCUCAAGCUCUCUUAGCUUUUCAAGUUUAAUAAAUACAUUAUAUAAACCCACAAAAUGUUAAGGAAAGUAAUAUUUUAGCAUCCACUUUCCUUAUUUAACAGCGAAAUACAACCGUACACCUUCUGAAUUCAGGUUUCUCUAACUCGUAAAACACACAUGACUUAGUUAGUCUUGUUAGUUGUCUGGUUAGUCCACUGUUCCAACUAUCACCAACUCUGGCGUUGUCGAAAUAAAGAACCAAUCCACCAUUAGAAGUGAAAAUAUGCGGUUUUUCUCUGCUGCUGUUGCGGCUGUUUACAGUCCUGUAACGUUAUCCCCACCACUCACAGUCGCCAUGUCUGUCCGUUCAUCUGCCUGUUUCACCAGUAGAGACCGAUGUCUGGUGGCACGUGCUUUCAGUUCUGUAAUCACACCACUAGAUGGCACUAAAUCCUACUCACUGGACCUUUAAUGCAGUGAAAUAAACGCUUGUCGCGCACUCUCUCUAUGCUUAGAAACCUUCCACCCAAUGACUGAAACCGCUCUUGUAUUCCAAAGACGUGUCUGUGGUCAAAUAAUACACUUAAGAAGUCAAUCACUGCUUUUUGUUUAUGUUUUAAAUGAGAAUGUCACAAAUUUAACAGCACUAAUUGUUUGGUGGGUGGCACAUGAUUGUAGUUGUACUCUAAGGUUUCCACAAAUCACACUUCGUUGUUUUCUUUUAUACUCUGUUACUGUUAUUGAUACUGAUCUUUAUAUUUUAUUGGCACAUUUGGAACUUUUCAAUGAGAGUAAAUAAUGAAUAAACCUGUUGAAUUUUUAA